UCUAUGGACCGGAACGUUCUAUAGACCUAAACACAGUGUCGACUCCGAGGACCUGAACUCUCUGUAGACCCCUACACUUUGUGGACAACAACAUCCUGUGGACUGGAACACUCUGUGUGGACCUGAAUACUGUGGAGCUCCGGAUCAUUUUGUAUACCGUCACACUCUGUUGAUUGGAACACUUUGUGGAUCAGAAUACUGUGGAGCCAAUAACACAGUAGUGUAGCUGACCAGUCUGGAAAGCAAAACGUGUGGAGGAACACUUUGUUGACAGGAACACUCUGUGGAGCAGAACAGUGUCAUGACAGCCGGGCCUGGUUUCCUGGUUCUGCCAUGGUCAGACGCAGAGGUUUCGGAGGCCCGGGGGGGUAUGCUGCUCCGGGGCGGCGCCCUACUUGGAGCAGUCCUGGUCAUCUGCAUGGCGGCGAUGCGCAAGUGGAUCGGUGGUGGCGUUUGCCGCAGUGGUGAGCGUCUGGACGGCAAGACGGUGCUGGUGACAGGCGCCAACACGGGCAUUGGCAAGGAGACGUGCCGAGAGUUGGCAAGGCGAGGUGCCCGCAUGGUGAUGGCAUGCAGGGACCUCUCUCGGGCCGAGCGGGCGGCCGAGGACAUCCGCAAGUCCACGGGCAACGGCAACGUGGUGAUCCGACACGUGGACCUGGCCUCCCUCCACUCCGUCCGAAGCUUUGCUAAAGACUUCCUGGAUAGCGAGGACAGACUGGACGUUCUCGUCAACAACGCCGGUGUGAUGAUGUGUCCCAAAUGGCUGACGGAGGACGGCUUUGAGACUCAAUUUGCUGUCAAUCAUCUGUCCCACUUCCUUCUGACCAAUUUGCUUCUCCCGAAACUGAAGAGCUCCGCCCCCAGCCGUGUGGUCACCGUGUCGUCCGUCGCCCACCGGGGAGGUCACAUCGACUUUUCCGAUCUGUUCUUCAGCUCUCGCCCGUACAGUCCGCUGCAGAGCUACCGGCAGAGCAAGCUUGCCAAUGUGCUAUUUAGCAGAGAGCUAGCACGCCGCCUCAGAGGUUCAGGAGUGAGUUCGUUUUGCGUGCACCCCGGUGUCAUUUGGACCGAGCUGGGCCGUCACGUGGAGGGUCGGUUUCCCCUGAUGGGGGCGCUGCUGAGGCUGCCGGCGAUGCUGCUCAUGAAGACGCCAUGGCAAGGAAGCCAGACCAGUUUGUACUGUGCCGUCACCCCGAGGCUCGAGGAUCAGUCAGGGAGCUACUUCAGCGACUGUGCCGUGAAGGAGGCGGCGCCAGAGGGACAGGACGAUGUGGCGGCCGGCAGGUUGUGGAGGGAGAGCGCGCGAUUGGUUGGAAUCAAAGAGACGUGCUGAGCUGACCCUCGUCGGAAUGGUGUCACCUCGAGCGAGCAAGCUCAUGCAUUAGCCAUGUCGCUAAUGCAGUUGUCGAUUGCAAGAUCAUAAAUGAAGGUUAGAACUCAAGUUAAGUUUACAAGCUAAGAUCCAAAAUGAAGUUAAAACCUGCAGAGGUAAUAAAAAAACAUUUGAAGAACAAUUGUGUCAUGUGGCAUCUGUU